ACUCUCCUUACCUCUACCCUUCAUACUUUUGAUCUCCAUACUUUUGAUGUUUACAAAUACGUAACAAAAACCAUAAUCUAAGAUUAAAAUAAAUAAUAAAAGAAGAGAAGAGUACAGUUUAAAAGUCGUUCGAGUUUACACAAAUACAAUUGAAUCAUCAUGUCUUGUAAUACUUGCGCAUUGAAAUUUUCUCUAUUUCGGACUGAGAAAGGAUGUCCUAGCUGUGGGUUUAGUUACUGCUCAAAAUGUCUAAAAAACAAGGUAUUCUUGAAAAAACUGAAUUCUGAAGUAAUGGUAUGUGUUAAAUGUAAGCAGUUAUCAAAUUUUAAUAAAACUACCAAAGUAGAACCACCUGAUGCAUAUUACAAUUUGCAGUACUCAAAUUUAUAUUAUAGAAGAAUUGGUGUCUUGGAAAGUGCUACAGAUCAUGAUAGGUCUGUAAGUCAAAAUCCAGUGGAAGACGAAAUAUCUGAUAGACUAAAGAAAUUGAAAGAGGAUAAACAAGAUAAAGUAGUAAAGACCUGUAAUGAUGAUAUUGCUGACAGAUUACAAAAACUUAAAGGAGAAAAGCCUUCUACUUCAGAUGCAGAACUGAUAGAAAGAUUGGCAAAUAUAAAAGGAGUGCCUAGCAGUGCACUUCAGAGCAAGCAAGUGGUCUCAAGCAUAAAUGCAAAUAAAACAGAACAAGAACAAGUAGAAGAUCUAAUGAGACAGUACAUGGAUCAGGGUAAUAUUGAUAAGAAAUAUGAGGUAGAGUUUGAUGGGCUAGUUAAUAAUUUAGAAGCUAGACUACAGAAGCUUAAAGGCUCACAAAGUUCUGAGCAUAAUGAAGUUUCAUCUAAAGCUAGUCAUGCCACUGAAGAUGAAGAGGAAACAAUCCAGAAGAUACUUACAAAGAUUACAGCAGAAGCAAAAUUAGAAAAGCAUGUCCUAGACAAGGAGUCUGUUAUGGAUGAGUUACCAUUUUGUGAAAUAUGUAAUGAAGAUGCUAAAAUGCGAUGCCUUGGUUGCAAAUAUCUCUUUUGCAAACAUUGCUUCAAAGAUCAUGAAGAUAGUGAUGAUGGCUGCGAUAAAUUUGAACAAUAUUCUCCUCCAAGUAAUGCUGUAAUGUGAAUAAUGCACAUAAUCUAUUUCUAGUGUGAAUAAUCAUAAUAAUUUAUUCAAUUAUAAGAAAAAUUGAUGUAUGC